AUGACAGACGUUCCAGGGACACUCAGUCAGGCUGAGUGCAAUGGGGAUACACCACCUGAAAAUGGUCAACAACCAAUCACUAAAACAAAUGAGGGAUCCAGUGAUGUGGAUGGUACCCCAGCAUACUACAGGGUAGAACUCCCUCUUGAAGACUUACCCACAGAAGGAAAUCAGGAGAAAAGUGAAAAAUUACAAGGGAAUAUGGUAGUCAACUGGUCCACUGAUGAGAAGAUUCUAAAAGAAAAACGCGAAGAGAAUCUUUUUCUUGUUCAUAAGGCUAUCACAGAUCUUUCUCUCCAAGAAACAAGUGUUGAUGAAAUGACAUUCAGAGAAGGACAUCAAUGGGAGAAGAUUCCUCUGAGCAUCAGUAGCCAGGAAAUAAGUAGACAAAAGGAAAGGAUUACUGAACAACCUCUAGAAGAGAAGGAAGAGGAGGAUGGGAAGAGCAAAGCUCACCAGGCAACUGAAAUGGAAUGGUUGGGAUUUCGGAAACCUAGCCAAGUUGAUGUGUUGCAUUCUAAACAUGAGGAGGAGCAAGAGGUUUGGGGUGAAGAAAUUAAUAAUGAUGACGAUGAUUGCAAUGAUGAUGAAGAUGAAGUUCGAGUAAUAGAAUUUAAGAAAAAAAAUGAAGAGGGUUCUCAAUUAAAAGAGGAAGUUGAUGCAGACGAGGACUCCCCACUGAGCAGCCCCAGUUCCCAACCUGUGACACCUGAGGAGCAGCCAACCUUUGGGAAGAAGAGUGAUAUCUCUAGAAAUGCUUAUUCAAGAUACAAUACAAUAUCCUAUCGGAAAAUCAGGAAGGGGAACACCAAGCAGAGAAUUGAUGAAUUCGAGUCUAUGAUGCACUUAUAAACUAAAUGGAACUAAGAAAUUCUCCUGCCCACUAAAGCAAAAGCUAAUUCUAUUUUCCUGAGAUGCAUCUUUGCAUGUCUUAUUUGAGUCAUCCCCUUUAAAGAUGUGAAAGCUUAAUCUCUGUUUCACUGUAGAAUAAUAUGGAAAUAAUCCUAGACAAAAUUCAGUCUGGUAACCUCAAGUCAAAAAGCUUUAGAUUCGUUCGUGGGCAUUUGCUUUUUAAAAUUUCACUAAUACAGCCUUGUGUGAUAAGCACUAAACAGCAAACAGCAAGCACCCCUGGAGAAUCUGGCAUGAUUUGGCUUUAAAAGUAGCAACACUGAGAAAUACAGUCAUCAGAUGAAAGAGGACUACGAGAAAUGACCUGUAUCUCUUUUGGUGUCUUUCUUCCUGCACACUGAGGGUGCUAGAAAGUCUGGUAUUAAACUUCUUUUUCUUUUAAACAUGUUUUUAUAGACACUGGCAAUAAGCUGUCCAAAAUGUUUUGCUUUUUCUAUUAACUUCGAAUAAGAUUUUAAGUGGUUUUCCUUAGCCUCUAGAGUGAAAAGUCUGUACAGGCCUUCUUCCUAGGUGUUACCAUUCACUGAAUUUUCUCACUAGAGGGGCCGAGCAAUUGUCAGUCAGGAAAAUUAUGACUAAAUGUUGGCUUUAUGCACUCAAGAUGAAUAAAAUCCACUGUGAGGUUGAUAUAGGGAGGGGCUAGAAAAAUUGGUGGGCAAUAGACUAAAGAGUCAGAUAGUUUAUUUCUGUAACUGAAAAUAAAAUCUCGUCUAGCACAGUUAAAGUCAUUAAAAGUGAAAAUGACAGCUUUAGCACAAUUUUAAGAAAAUACCCCUCUCUAUUACCACACUUUCUCUUAUUAACAGUAUCUCAGAAUAAUUUUCUUUCCUUAGAAACCCAAGACAACUCUAGUCAUAACUGUACUAGUUACUAUGAUAAUGGAAAUAAUUAUCUUAGGAUAUUUUCAAAGUGGAAUGUGAGCAUGUAUUUUUAGUGAGAAAGCUCUGAUAGUUGUUGGGAAUAUAUAAUUUACUGGACCUCAGCCCAAAUCACGAUGCUUAAAAUUGUGCCUAUGGAGCUUCACUCAAGUUAGUGUGUCAAAUAAUGUAUUGAAUAUUUAUGAAAAGGGAGAAUCUAUAUUUAUAUUCUUAGAUAGUUUCGUAAUUUUUCAUUUCAGGCUUCCAUAUAUAUCACCCUGAACUUUCUGUCACCACAGAUAAAGAUAUUUUUGGCCCUGCAAAUAAAAAGACAAUUCCUUAUUGUCUGAAUGUAAUACAGUCUUCAUUGUACUAUUCAACCCUUUGUUUAUUUCUUUUUCACUUUGUGAAAAUACCCGGAUUAGGCCUUCUUAGAUUAUUGCUUAUUUAUGUGUAACAUUUCCCACACAUUCUAAUGGAAGUUUCUUUAAUUCUCCCUGGUCAUAUAAUAUAUUUCCAUGGUAUCAUAUACUAUUAUUUACUGUUUACAAGACUCAAUUUUGAAUUCAAGAUUGAAGAGUUUCUUUUAUCCUUUCAAACAGAUAUUUUGCAACCUGAUCAUGUAAAAGUCUGUUGCUCUUCAUCGUAGAACCUAUAGAUUUCCUUCUUGGUAAUGCAAGUUUUCAGAAGGAAGCCAGGGAAAUCAGGUGUUUAUUGGUAAAUUUAGGUAAAAGAUUGGUGCACUCAGACAAUUUCCUAUUUAUUUAGAUACUCUAAAUUGUUCCACCUGGACAACCUAUUUUCUUUUCUGGAUUACUGAUGACCCCUACAAUUUUCUACUUAGCUUCAAAGCACGGUAUUUUAUUAUCCAUCAUGGAAGAGGAGCAUACUGUUAACCUACCAUCAACAGAACCUCUAUUUCUAAUUGUUCCAGCAGAAGUGUUGAAUUCCUGCGGAAUUUGAGUGAGCUGGGUGGUCUAUGG